UCUCGCAAAGCCAACCACCAAACUACAGCAAGUAGAAUGGUCUGGAACCACGCUAUUUAGAGCCGUCAAUCGGGGGGGAAACAGGGCUGGCCUGUUUUUAUUUCUUUAAACCAAUCACAAUCGUCUAGGGCGGGGCUAAGCCCGGGAAGCAGCAGCGGUGACCUUGAGGGGGAGCACAAUACGGGAAAGCCAGCAACAGGAAGGGGAGGAGUAGCGGUGUAAUCUGACUCUAGCGCUAUAGACGCUGUCCAUUUCCGUUCAGCCAGACUAGGGAAUGGGUAAAGUUUGUGUGUUGGGGGGGGGGCAUGCUCUGAGCUUAGGAGUGUCCAGGGUCCCCUGAAGGGGUCCGGCCAUGCCAUGAAGAAGUCUGACCGACGGGAUUCAUUCCCUAGUAUAGGCCCACUGUAUAGGACUACUGAUACUGUACACUCACACACAUCAGUACAGUAGGCUACACGCUUUCUGCUGCAUUGCUUCAUGGGACAAGGAAAUGGGGUUGAUGAUGUGAUACCAUUGAAAUGUCCAGAAGCGAAACUUAUAGAGAACUGAGGAGCCACUCCCAGUGCAUGUGUUUGUGUGCGUGUGUGUUGGUGUAUAAAAGAGAUGGAAUCCUCUCUGUGUUAGUCCAGUCACCAUCGAUAGGUGAAGUUAGAACUUGACCAAUCAGUCACCAUGGGGGUGACGGGCUUGUCGUGGCUGCUGGAGGAUCUAAACCAAAGAAAAAAACAGAUCUACAAGGACUACCCCUUCAGGGACAGCAAGCUAGUGGUGGACGGCAGCAACCUGGCCUACCAUCUCUACUUUAGGUUUUUCUUGGACCUGAGCCACGGUGGGGAGUACCUGGCCUUCCGAGCUCUGGUCCAGGAUUUCUUCACGAAUCUGCACAACUGUGGAAUCAAACCUUACGUGGUGAUGGAUGGAGGCUCGAGCAAAAGCGACAAUAAAUUAAAGAAUAUCCUGGAAAGGAACAGAGAAUUUCUGCGGAGGGCCCAUGAAAUCGCUCUGAUGGGCAAGAGGGAGGACAUCCUUCCCCCCUUUACCCUGUCAGUGUUCGAACAGACGCUGAACGAAUUGAAGGUGCCGCUGGUCAGGUGCUUCGGAGAGACCGACGGCCAGCUGGCUGCCCUGGCCAGAGAGUGGUGCUGCCCGGUGCUGUCCAAAGACACUGACUUCUGCAUCUACAACCUUCCAGAGGGGGUUCUACCACUGAAACACUUCCGUUGGGAUGGGGUGGAAAUGGAUUUGGGCGGUUGUUUCAUCCCCUGCAAGCGAUACACCACGUUCAGCUUCUGCACCUUCUUCAACAUCGACCCCCAGCUCCUGCCCGUCUUUGCCUCGUUGGCCGAGAACGACGAUGUCAACCUCAGAGAAAUUAAAUGGAUCCAAUUCCUUCCAGCGGACCACCCUGGGCACCGCCUGGAGGGGCUCCUGAGCUGGCUCGGAGCCAGGACAGACCAGACGACAGAAGACACCUUGACAGCAGCGAUGGCACUCAUACCCGACAUGAGUCAACAGGCUAAGACGGAGGCUCAGACAGAGGUGCAGAAGUCCAUGCUGGAGUACCGGCUCCCCAGCUCCUCUCUGCGGGGGUUCUUCAGCGAGGGAACCAUUCCGCCGCUGCCCACUGAGAUGCUGAGCUGCGUCCCCGACUGGGUCCGGGCGCCCCUGGCCAGAGGAGAGCUGAGCGGUGACGUGUUGAACGUGCUGGUCGAUAGGAGGAUGAUUGUGGGGAUCCAGGCGGAGCUCAGUGACCUACAGAGCUCCAACCUCACCUCGCAGCCCAUCCGGCAGGUGCUGUACGGGCUGCUGCUGGGCCUGGGGCAAGGCGCGGUGAGGGAAGUGGACCGGGUCGAACUGGAGGUACAACCGUUGGUCCAAGGAGCCGCUCAGCAGCUGAGACUGGCCACUCUGCCCCAGGCAGACCCCGCUGUGAGGCUGCAGGUGUGUCUGGAGACUCUGGGCGUGGAGGAAGAGACGCUGGAGGGAGUUCCGGCUCACCUGCGCCUCCCAGUGGCUGUGACCCGCUACUGGCUGAGCAGGGCCAGCCCUGAGCCGACGCUCCUCAAAGCUCUGCUUAUGGUCAUGGUCCAAGGAGAACUGAUCAGAAAAAAUGGAGGGAAAGCAGGUGGGCAGCAUCAUAUCAAGCACAACAGUGAACAGCUUCCAGACGGUGUCGUGGCUCACAGCUUCAACCAAUGGCAGGCCUGCAUGAAGGAUGCCUCCCAGCUCAACCUGCUGCUCUGCAAGCCCCUCCCUGAACCCCUCUUCGCUUGGUUGUACAAGGGCAGGCUGGUGCACCACCGGCAGAAGCUGCUCCAGGAGUGGAAACCAGAGGAGAUAGUACAGGACGACCGGUUCAGGAGACUGUACAGGAGCCUCCUAGAAAAAGUGCUCCAGCCAGACCCAGGGGCCAACAGGAGAGCUGGGGGGCCUGAGGCCCAGCUGAGGGCCAGCAUGGAGCACCUUCACCUCAACACCGAGGAUGAGGAGGAGGAGGAGGAGGAGGAGGAGGAGGAUCUGGGUGGGGCUGCAGGCCUGGAUCAGGGCUCGGAUGGGCCUUGGGUGGUGGUUAAAAGCAGAAGGAGGAAGCAGUAGAAGGAGGGGUGGGAGUGAGCAGGAAGGGGUGAGGCUGAUGAGGAACAGUGUUGGGGUAACACCGCUUUCGCACUGUACAUUUCCAUAGACGGAUCUCAUUGACUUUGAUUAGGGCGCUCUCGAAAUGCAUUGUGGGACAAUCCGUUCUGUCGGCUCCGUUGCCAGCGUCAAAAAGUUGAGAAAUGUUCAGGCAGUGACGGAUCCGUCAGCCAAUCAGAUUGCGUUACCCAUACGGAGACGUAACCUCCCUCAUCCGUCAACGUACAAUUAGAGCGUGGUGUAAUGUGUUACAGCAUUUACAUUAAGCAGCAGCAGAAUUUUAAAACAUGUUUGUCAUAACAUUUAGGUAAUGCAUCUUCAAUAAGAAACUAGGAAGGAAGCAAAAGGAGAGUUGAGAACGAUAUAAGAUUGGAAUAAGUUGUCAUCACAAUAUUAUGGUUGAGGGCUUUUUCUAAGCAUGAAUCAUGACUUGUGUUUUGGGCUUGGUUCAAAUAAUCAAUUUUCUAUUGAAAAUGGAUCUUUUGAGUUUUCAAUCUGAUGAUCUUUC